AUGUCUUUACUUGCGAGAGUGUUGCAGAUAUCUUCAGAUAAACAUCUGACGAAGAAAUCAUCAUCAGCACUGACAACAAUAACUCCGGUGAGUUCCAGAACUUCGCAGGUAUCGAAGAGUUCAUCCUCCCCACCACAAUCGGUGAAUCAAUCACCUCAUUCUGCAUACACAUUAUCCAUCAACAUUGAAUCUCCACCUAUAGUAUUAUACGGAGCUCCUGGUGAUUGCACAGGGUCGAUAAUAUCAGGAAUAUUGAAACUAACAAAUGAAGAUAGUAUUGAGUUGGAAAAUGUCACUCUAUCACUUGUUCAAACCAUGCAAUAUACAAAACCAUUCACUUUACCCAACUCUUCUUCUGUGUCAGGCUGUAAGAAGUGCAACACACGUGUUACAGACUUGGCAAGAUGGGAUAUAUUGACGGUAGCAACGAGUUUCCCACCAGGUGAACAUGCAUAUCCCUUUUCUCAUCUCUUACCUGGGUCAUUACCACCGACCUCAAAAUUGGGGUCAUUGCAUUCACAAUCAUUUAUAAAGUAUGAGCUUGUGGCAGUUGUAACAGACACCGAUGGGAAAGUGAAGAAAUUAGUGAUACCAGUGAACAUUGCUCGACUGAUUAUCAGAGGCCCAGAUAGAAAUUCGGUCAGGAUCUUCCCACCUACAGAAGUAACAACAAAUGCUGUUUUACCCAAUGUUAUCUAUCCAAAGGCGACAUUCCCCAUAGAACUUAAAAUAGACAACAUAGUGAGUAGUUCACAGCAAAGACGUUGGAGGAUGAGAAAGUUGAGUUGGAGAAUCGAAGAAAAUACAAAAGUGAGGGCAUACACUUGUGAAAAGCAUAUUCCCAAAUUACAAAUGGUUGAAAAAGCAUAUAGUAAAUCUUCCAAAGCAAAUUUGCCCCACACAACCGGUACCAAAACCUCAAGCAUGCACCAUAGUACAGUGUUGACUAAUAUCUCAUUGAUGACCAGUCCAUCAAAUUUGGAGUCACAACCACAAAAUUUAGAUGAUGGCAUCCCUGACAGUGAGCCACUAAAUGAUGCUGAACAUGACAUUGAAGAAACAAUUAGAAGCGGGCCUUCACACGCACACGAGAAUUUUAUCGAGGAUUUCGUUAAUCCGAAUCAAAGAAACAGCACUACACAUGAACUGGAUUUAUCAGUUCAGCCUUCGAUCCAAACCCCACAACCUAGAGACACUGAUAAACAUUUGUAUUUAGAAGAAACAAGAACAGUUAGUUAUGGAGAUAUCAAAUCGGGUUGGAAAUCGGAUUUCUCAGGACGGGGAAAAAUUGAGUUGGUGGCAAAUAUCAAUACAACCAAUUGUUCCACCGGGAUGAUCAAUCAUAUAAAUAUGUUAAGUAGCGAAGAUGCACCUAUUGUUUUGGAUACUAAAAAAGGUGCAAAUUUUUCCUGCGAUAUUGAUGAUCCAACAUUGGGAGUAUUUGUUAGCCAUACAAUGAUUGUCGAAGUGGUGAUUGCAGAAGAAUUGGUUCACAAUUUGGAGAGGAAAAGAGCAGGUUCAGGGACAUCUAAGGACUUGGCUCCAGUUCAAUCCAGAUCCAGUGUUGUCUCAAACGAUGGUGGUAAAUCCUCAUCUAGUGGUCCUGUUCAAAUGGGUGUGCCUACUGGGGCCGCAAGAGUAUUGCGUAUGCAGUUUAAAUUGCCAGUUACCGAAAGAUCAGGAUUGGGAAUUGCGUGGGAUGAUGAAGUACCUCCAACCUAUGAGGACGUGAGCACUUUAAGUCCUCCUACAUACAAUGAUCAUACAUCAUCAUCAUUUACGAUAACUCCUGUUAUGUCUGAUAGUGAGAGACCAACCCCAAAUGUUCUUUAUGGUAGAGGAGAAACUCCUGUAAUAGGAAACUUUGGAUUGGAUCUAUCACACGUAAAUAGUAUUGACGCUAUGGUCGACAACAUUCAAGAAUUUUCGUUAUAA